UCAAAUCAGGACACCAGACACCUUGGCCUCAGUAUCACUGGUAUAAAUGGAUUAGGAUGGAGCACAAAGGACUCAUCCCCUGAUCAGGUUUGUGGAUGACAGUGCGUUUUUGCAUCUUUGGUCACGGCGUCCUGACUUAAAUGAAACGGUUGCACCUCCUAAUGCUCUACAAGGUCUGGGGAGGAGAGCAGUGCCACUGGCGACAUGAAACCUUUACCACAUCCUGUUCACAAACCCAGUUGAGUCGACACUGAGGCUCAGUUAAAAUGAAUGUCCGAUCCUGACUGGAUAUUGCCAUUAUCAUCAUAAGCAGCUGGAUGCCAUUUCAAGGGAGGUGGUAACACUGAAAAUGAAGAAAUGCAUCGUCCUCUCCGUCCUCUGUGUUUUACUGCUGUGUCUUUACAACGGCUGGCUGAGAGUACCCGGCGGUCUGACACCCAUAAAUCCAACUGCCCUCUGUAACCGCAGCACCAACACCAGCAGAAAUGUAACCAUCUUGUUGUGGUACUGGCCCUUCAGCGUGUCUGAUAAUCUGGAGGGCCACGUGUGCUGGGACCUCUACCGCAUCCCUCGCUGCAGCCUGGUGGACAAGCGCUCCUUGUUCUCUUCGGCCGAUGUGGUGGUCUUCCACAACAGAGAGCUGAUUCAGGGACGCCAGGAACUGCCGUUUGCUCUUCCACGGCCACAGUGCCAGAGGUGGGCCUGGAUGUCCCUGGAGGCCCCCGUUCACAACGGAAACUUGCGGCCGUUUGCAGAUAUUUUCAACAUGACGAUUACCUACAGGAGGGAUUCUGACGUCACUGCACCGUAUGGCGAGCUGCUACCAAAGGAGACCGGUGGACACCUGGUGGCAAACGACCUUCGGAAUAAGAGCUCUCUGGUCUGUUGGGUGGUCAGCAACUACCAGAGCUACCACAAGAGAAGUCAAGUGUACAGCGAGCUCAAUGCCGCAGUUCCUGUGAAGGUUUAUGGGCAAUGGACAAAGAACAGCCUCUCCUCCACUGACCUGUUACCGACAAUCUCUCGCUGCUACUUCUAUUUGGCCUUUGAGAACUCAUUAUCCAAGGAUUAUAUCACAGAAAAGUUGUGGAAGAAUGCUUAUCAAGGUGGGGCAGUGCCGGUUGUCCUCGGACCGCCGCUAAGCGAUUACAAAGCUGUGGCCCCACCUAAUUCCUUCAUCCACGUUGACGAGUUUGCGUCAGUAAAAGAGUUAGGAAAGUAUCUGCAAGAGUUGGCAAAGGACAAGAAACGCUAUAAUGAAUAUUUCAGCUGGCAACAAGAGUGGAAAGUGAAACUGAACACAGACUGGAGAGAGAGACUCUGUAAGAUCUGUUUAAAGUACAACAGUUUACCUCAGCACAAAGUGUACUCUGAUUUAAGUGCCUGGGCCCAUUCUGAUUAGGUCUGAGUUGGAGGAGUUGUGGCUCAUUAUUAAUAAAUGAAUGAUAAAUGUUAUCCCAUUAGUUACUCAGGCAUCAUGCAUUUCUGCAAUAUAAUUAAAGUGGUUUCUUUUUAAUGUUAUUUUUGAUGCAGUUCCCAUUCUUUUGCUGUGCUGCUUGAAUAAAUUAAAUAAGAGGGGGUUACUGGUGGAAUUGGUACAAAGUUAAUUUUACAUAAAUCAUAUCCCAGAGGUUCAGAAAACAUUUUCCAAACAAUUUGAGGCAUUUCUUCAUUUAGCAAUAAUCUCUUACAGAUGUAUUCAGAUAGUUUGCUUUGGUGAUUCAACUUGUGGUCAGUUUGCUUGAUUUAUCUUUAAGAUGUGUCUCUAUCUCGACUGUUACUCAAGUCCACCACUGGCAAGAUGACUUUAGUUGUUAUGAUUUAGAAAAGCACAGUUCAGAACCACAACAGUCCCUAUGGUGAAGCGUGGCAGUGGAAACAUCUCAGCAGCUCACAGAAAUCCCGGGGGUUCUGAUAUUCAGCCCGGGAGGUCAGAGGUCACACAUCUCACGCACCCAACUCGGGUUAUUCUUGCUUAAGUUGGACUGCUGCUGAAAGUUAUUAUACAAUCAUCCAUUUAGUUAUGUUAACCAAACUUGUCACCGGCUCCUCGUGGCCCAGUAAUCACACGUGGUAAACAGGGAUAGUCCGUGUGCCUUUGUCCCUUGCCUACAUCAGAAUGAAGAUUUGAGGAAGACUUACUUCAAAAAUGUAACUGAUAUGAAAAUGAAUGCUUUCUCAUAGCAGUCAUUGCAUACAAGGAAGUGACUUAUAAAAGAACAGAUAGUAACAAAGCAUCCAACCUGAAACUGAUGCCACAGCUCUUUGUAUGUCUUUGAUGCCUGCAACAUCAGAUAAAAGAACACACUCUGCUUGGCUGCAUUGUUUCUUUGAAAAUAUCCAACUGUCUUAUCAUGCUUGUUGAACAUUUACUUCCUCUUUAUUGUGUCUAUUACAAAUAAAAUGUGUUCUACCUUCUGAAAUGAA